AAUAUGCUAAAGAAGGAAAAAAAGAAAGCUCAAGAUGCUCUCCACUUAUCCAGCAUGGAUAGAAGUGAAUGUAGACACUCACAGAGCUCGCCCUUCCCACCUGGGAACCCUGAAGGUCUGAGGAUGUUGCCAUCCUCAGCAACCACACAAGUCCAGGAUGUCAGCACUUUUGGGUACCAAUCCAGUUUGCUCCACAGAAAAACAGGGAUGAGAGAAGAAAUGUCAUUAGGACGACAAGAAGCUUUUGAAAUCUUCAAGAGGGACCACGCUGACAGCGUCACCAUCGAAGACAACAAACAGAUUUUGAAGCAGAGAUUUUCUGAAGCGAAGGCCCUGGGAGAAAGUAUAAAUGAAACAAGAAGUAAAAUUGGUAAGCAGAUGAUAUUCUGUGAGCCUUUUUCACAGACCAUUUUCUUGAUAACUAUUUCAGGAUAA